AUGAUUGCUCGCGCUAAGGAGGUUUCUGAGCUCUUUCCGUCUUGGUCCUGGGCGUCAUGUGCCACAGAGAUCUUUUUCCAGACCUUUCUACCGGGCAGCCAUCACCACAUUGAGGAUAUGGUUCAGGUUGAGUCCAUACAGCCGGGUCAACCACUUGGACCGGAAGCUCCCUACAUCGCUUUUGAGACAUCCUCUCGCAUCGUCUUGCGCGGUCUACUGGACGCAAAGUUCAACACCGAGCAAGUUUUUGAGCAAUGGGCUACCUCUCUCGACGGAACCAUGAAUGGACUGGAAGUUCUGGUGUCCUACGACAGUGACCGGAAUGUCAAGUUCGACACAGACAUUGUGUUUGACCGACCAAUGCCUGAGACGAUCAAGCAUCAAGAUCUGAGGCUCCUUCCCAUAAGGUUGUACUGCCAGUUUCUUUUCUACAACUACCUCUGA